GCCGCCGCUGCCGCCGCCGCCGUCGCACACUCGCCGAGAGCAUCCGAGCCGCGGCAGUGUCGCUCCGGCCGCCGUCACAGCUGGCGGCAAUGUGUGCGAUGGGCUAGUGCGCGCACGCUCGCCACUAGGCAAAGCCGAAGAGGCUGCGUCGCAGUCGACACAGUGCCGCGCGUGUCGUGUGUGUGAUAUCCGUGCGAGCGAUCGGAGCCCCGGUGACAAACAUGAGCCCGGCCUCGCAAGGCGCUCUCGAAGUGGAGCGCUACAUCGGCAGCUGCCUCAUCAGCUCCGGCUGCUGCGCGCAGCCGGACUCGGCGACCCCGCAGCAGCAUCGAAGCGGCGGCGCCAAGCAAUUCUGGGCCGGCGGCGCGCCUCUCGUGCAGCAGCAGCAGCAGCAGCAGCAGUCGGCGCACAACAGGGUGCCGCUCUCCAGGCUGGCCGUGCACACGCAGGGAGCCCCGCUCAUACUCUCGGCCCAGCGAUACCACGGCGGCCGGCCGCUCAAGCAGCCGCCGCCACCGCCGCCGCCGCUGUUCGGCGGCGUAGCCAGAGCCGCGUCGCAGCAGCAGCAGCCGGCGCAGAGGAUCGCCGGCAACCGGCUGCACGCGUCCGCCGAGCUGAAGAAAGCGCUGGCGCAGCCGCUGACCAAGGCCAGCGAGGCCGGCGUCGGCGGGACGAACGUGGCCAGCAUCGACUCCCUGAGCAUCGCCAGCGACGAGAGCUCGGGCUCCAACAACUCGGAGAACAGCCUGCCGCGCAUCAUCAAGCCCCGAAAGCGCAGAAAGAAGGACCGCAAGCCGCCGCUCGUACCGACCGCUUCCCAGAAGCCCGUGGCCGGCGCCGACGGCAGAGCGCCGGCCGCCGGCGCCGGCGUCGAGGAAGGCAGCGCCGCCGGCGCGUCGCAGUACGCCGUGCCGUCGUCGGCCGGCUCGCAACCCGAGUCGGCGCGUCUCAGGUGUUACUCCUACGACGGACACCAGCGCUACGGCGGCGCCGACCACUACUAUCGGCGAGCGAUCGGCGCCCGGGCCCAGACCCAGGGCCCGGCGCAGCAGCAAGAGGUCGUCGACACCAGGCAGCAGCAGCAGCAGCAGCAGCAGCAGCAGCAGCAGCGCUUCGCCCACCGACACGUGCAGGUGAAAGUGCUAGACGAUAACCGCAACGUGGUGCUGCCGGUGCCCGUCUGCCCGGCCGCCGUGGUCGCCGCCGCCAAGGCCAGCGGCUACCUCCGCCAGCCGGGCGGCGCGCGCUUGCCGCGCGAGCUGGGCGCCGAGCCGGCCGGCUGCCGCGCGCGGGACGUCGGCGACGAGUGCGCCGCGCUGUGCCAGUGCCGCUACUGCGAGCCGGCCGCGCUCCUCUGGGACGUGGCGGACCGCGCGAGCUUCGCGGGCCAGUACCUGGGGCAGCCGGCGCUGCUCGAGCUGGGCCAGCCGCAGCAGCGCCGCCAGCAGCAGCACCAGCAGCCGCGCUACGCGCCCCUGCCGCUGUUCCUGGCCGCGCGGCCGCUCGUCUGCCAGGAGCACGCCGGCGCCGUCGAGCUGUUCGACGUGGCGGCCGGCGCCGACGGCUCGUGCCUGCGCCUCAGGCCCGCGGGCGCCGACCGGCCGGACGGCGCGGCGCUGCUGCGCCGCAGCUGGAGCGACCCGACCAGCUACUUCAGCGACGAGCUGCUCGUGCCGAACCGCGACGUGGGCGUGAUCGGGGACCGCGGCGGCGCCCGGCCGGCCGAGGCGGCCCGCCGCAAGAAGCCCUGGCGCGGCGACGCGCUGUCCGUGGGCUCGGGCUCGCCCGUCGACCAGCCGGCCUCGCCGACGAGCAGCUGCGGCAGCGGCGGCGCCGGCAGCCCCGGGCUCCAGGGCCCGCUCGAGGUGUCCACGGAGAUCGUCACCUCGCCGAACGGCCACCGCGACCUCGAGAUCAAGUUCUACUCGUCGUCGCCGACCGGCCUCGCCCGCCGCCACCGCUUCGCCGCCGAGGGGCCCGGCGCCGCCGUCGCCUUCGCCUUCCCGGACGACGAGGACUCCGAGGAGUUCAGCGACAUCUGGAGUUACCACGAGUCCCAGCUCCAGCAGGACUUUCGCACGCUGCUGCAGGCCGGCGAGGACUGAGUGCGCGAGUGCGGCCCCCCCGCCGAGCGGACGUCGCAGCGCGCGCGCAGGUGUCGCGCGGACGAAAGCCAGUCGUCGCCUGGUCGCCGCCGGGACCAACCGUUCCUCGUUCGGCCCUCCUCUGCUUCCCGUUGCCCGUCUGGAGCGAUGCGGCCAGGCGCGGUGCGAGCGAGAACCAAUGGGCGCGAGCGGGACAAUUAGACGCAACCAGCCUGGCCGACACGCACGCGCCCGCGCACCACACACACGCCGACACCGAGACACACAAGCUACAAGAUAAACCUAGUUUCCGAUUCCGCUAAGUCAUGACUUCGCUCGCCGUUAAUCAGAACUCAAGCAAUAGACUUGGCGCUACGUAUGCGCGCUCGUGUGUGCGUGUGCGUGUGUUUGCGACAAAAGAGAAUGCAUGCGUACGAGUGAAAAUUAACGGCAACCGAGGUCGCGCAAACUAUACGCAAGAUACGAUGCGAUUACACGAGUUAUGCAUAUUGCGAUAAUCCUUGAGAAGCACUGUCUCUCCUCGUUCCUUGUGUCGCAUGGCUGAGAGUAAAGUCCACAUGGGAGCGCGCGAAUGGCGUUCGACGCGCAGUCUCGCGGAUAGCUUUUCAGUAUUACCAGGCGGGGCAAAAAAAGGGGAAAAAUGGGAAGACAUGCGCGCGGAGCGUUUCGAGAGUUCGAGUUGAAAUGGUACACCGAGCGGCGGACGGAGGGAGAGAGGAAAAACGAGAUCGACGCAAGAGGAUCGAGGAAUCGGCUCUGUUUCCCCGCUGGCGUCCGUUUCUUUUCCGCGGCGAGGGACUUUCUCUUCCGGCCUCUCGCUCCACGACUUUGUGUCGCCGUGUGUAAUUAGAGAAAAGAGAGACACGUUUCGCCUUUGCCUGCUCGCGGUUUUAAUGGCCGCCGCGGCCGCCGCUGCCUUUUUCCCCGCUAUUGAAAUGCCCGCGAUUGUCACUGCGACGUUUUAUCGGCGACGAAACUCGGUUUUUGCGAGCCGCCGAAGCGAGGGAGAGCAAUCCCGAGAUCGAAAGACAGAAGUUUCGCCUGGUCGGCGCUCCGAGGAGCUGGCGAUUCGAUCCGCGCCGCGGUAGCGAAACUCGCCUCGCAUCGACGUGCGCGAAAAGAGAAAGGAAAUCGCGUGUGCGAGUCGGCGAAGGCAAUCGAGGAAAAGACGCGCGCGCGACACGCCAGCACAUUGUUAAUUGGCUUGACGCUGCGAAAGAGCCGGCAGCGACAAAUCUGUCCAUGGACAAGUCGCCUUCCGGUCUGCACGCGAUCGCCCAUGACGACGACCAAUUUAAAGCCGCGACAGCCAACUGGAUCGAGCGCCGCGCUCCGUUUCCUUUCUCGGUUCCCGCGUCGAGCCUCGAAAUUCGCUAUUAGCGGGUCGCGAGCGCGUCUGUCUCUCUCUUUCUCUCUCCCUCCCCCUCUGUCUGUCCGCCUGCCUGCCUCCGCUUUCUAUAUCGCGGCGGAGAUGGCGCGAGCCUGAAAACCAGGUUAAACGCCGCCGAUGCGGCCUGUCUGCCUAUCAAUUCCGUGCCGUGUGUAUGCUGUAACUCGAGGCUAGGAGCCUGCGAAAAUUGAUACCUACGAAUAAUCCAAGAUCAGCUCUCUCGCGCGCGUGAUUUUCGAGGGGAUUUUCGAAAUUCGCAUGGGAGUGAUAUCGGCACACUUUCCGCGGAGCUGCAUUGUGAAGCCCCGUCUCCGUUCGCACUCGCUCCGGCAAUUUUCGCCCUUUAUUUAUGCCCGCGUAUACUCCUAAUCGCUCUAAUCGCAUGAUCUCUCUCGCUCGCUGACUGCCCGCGGGUGAGCAUUCGAAAUUGGCACUUUCACUGGCACGCCAAGAGAUUCUCCGGGCGCAUUGUUUGAUUGGAAAACGAGCUGUGUGUCGCACCUGGCCAACAGUAUUACAGUGUUUCUCGUUGACGCAGAGGUCCACUUUGUUUCUCAAUCAAGCAAGGCAGCCUCUCCUACGGUUUAUUUAUUAUUUAUCGCCGAUGAAAAUUUGUACGUUAAGACUCGCAGGCGACAUCGUCUCGUCGCGUCGCAGAGGUUCUACGCUUAAGGGACGGCCGUCGACGAGGGCGAGACGCGCGCAGCGCAAUGCGACGAACAACGACGACGACGACGACGACGAGUAAAGAAAAUGGAAAAGCCGCAAAGCGACGUGCUAGCGUUGGACCGCGAUCGAAUUGCCAGGCGUGCACUUCGAUCGUGGCCCGGUCGUGUUCCGCUCGCGGCUAUGCAAAAUUCGCGGUUUUCCCGUUUUUUUUUCUCAACUUUUAUUAUUCCUUCUCUGCGCCGCGGCGAUCAUACUGCACACGCGAGCUUUGCUCUCAGCCGAUUGUCAAAGUCGAGUUAUUAUAAAAUUAUUAAAAAAAAAUAAAAAAAAAACGACAAAUACGCGAAGUGAAAUAAAGUGUAC